ACCUAAUAUUCUCCCGACCAUGACUGCCCCCUUCACCUUCUGCUCUACAGGUUCUCCUUUCGCCUUUGUGAUUGUCUUUGGUGUUCUGUUAGAUCUGAUGUCCGUGUUCCGUAAAUCUGCUAUGGUGACCUCUGGUCUGUGACACCAUAAUCAAGCAUGGCCUCCAUGGCCAAGUUCUUGUUUGGGGGCCCAAAGAAAAAUGCAUCAUGCUGCACCUCGGGGACCUUUGCGAAGGACCUCCACUCACCGACGCCACCCAGAGCCAACGUGACAAGAAGGUGGAGCUCCGAAGACCAACGCCACAGACUGCUGCGCCCUGAGACGACGCGGAGGAGCUCGCUACACUCCCAGCAGAAAGCAGAGAGGGCACUGAUGCGGGAACACUUCCGGGAAAAAUACAAACUGCCUAUGAACAACAGUGACCAGCAGCAGUUGAGGGCGGCCGGAGGUAACAUUCGCCUGCCCAAGGAUCUGCGAUCGAUCGUGCGCCAUGAGGAGCCGUAUCGCCAGGAAUCGUCCUUCGUGCAGCUGCUGAGCUACAGGGACCUGAACACAGGAGCCAGCAGUGUCACGGAGUCGCUGCAACAGAAGGGCCGCUGCCUGGUCAUGUGA